GUAAGUGUAAAUCAAAACUAUGUGUUCUUUAUUACUCUCCAUGGUCUCAUAGUUACUUGACUGUUGAGCUUGCAGUUUCUGUACAUUCAAAUCUUGGUUCUAUUGUUCCAAUCUUAUCAUCUAACGUCUUUGAAGGAGUAGCUUGUACUUUGAUGCCAAUCUGCUAGUACUUUACCACUAGCAGUUAAUGAAUGUUGGCUGGCUGGCUGCCAUUAUCAUGCGAUUUACCCAAAUAUGUGAAAAAAAUUGUGCAGGGUCAAAGCAUCAGUCGCAUCAAGAUUACAUGGAUAAGGCUGAUAGAGCACGGAAGGCAAGACUUUCAUCUGGUUCUUCUGCUAGCUAAUCUUAGCAAAACCUCAAAAAACCCUUCCGAUGGGUAUAAGCACUUGUUCUUUGCAUAGCACAAUAGUUAAGUCGUUUUGACUGAGACAAGAGUCAGCUAUUAGUCGAGGUUUCUUCACUGCGGCUACUCCGGUUGUUUUCGUUUCAGCUGGCUGUCAGCAGAUCAGGGAAUAAAGCAUACAUUAUUUUGUUUUGGUGUGCAAUGCUACCACCACCUGAAAAUGGAGAAAUGGAGAUUUCAUGUUUAGGCCACUGUAUGUGGACCAUUCUUCUGCAGUGUAACCAGCAGCUGAAAAGUUCCUCUAGGUUCUUCAAAUAACCAGAGUUUAGUCUCGGCCAACAGAAUUGGCUGCUUGCAAUUACUUGUAGCGAUUUUGGAUUCUCGUACGAGAAUGUCUGAUGUACGUUGAACCAGACUGUAUUUGACGAUUCAGAGAAAGUUUGGCUAGGAUGCCCGUGGGUUCAUUGUCAUCCGAGCUCGAAAGUAAGGGAAAGGAAACGUCGUAGGAAGCAUCAUAGCCAUAGUCCAUAGAAUAUAGACACUUUGAGCUUGAGAAAAAAAGCUUCUUUAUUCGCCUUAGGCUAUGAGGAGGGACCACGAGGUAGAAGGUAAAAGAAGGCAAGAGGUAGAAGGGCCAGUGUUAAGGGCGAGUCUUACGCCGGGCGAAGGUUUAGAAAUGUGAGCCCGAAGGUUUAGAAUAUGUUCGACCGUAGGGAGAAAGAAAAUGAAUAAGAAAAACUUUAGCAGAAGGAAAGAGUAUUCUACGGGGAUAAGGGACCCCCAGGCUUUCUGAAAAUAAAAGAAAAGAAAGAAGAUCCUCCCAUGUAGUUCGUCGGUUAAACCAACGAUUCUCUACCUAAAUUUAUAGUAAUAGAGAGAUCUUUUUCUAGUUAAAUGCGACUUGCAUUUGAACUUCAAAGAUCAUAUACAUUUUGCAAGAUCCACAUCAAAUCUGAAAUGCUGAUUGUGAAGUGGGCACAAAAAAGCCAUCAAAAUUCAAAUGAGAAAGGAUCAAAGGAUACAAAGAGAAAAAGAAAAGGCACAGAUCCCCUAAUCAUGAAGGUUUGGGCUUUUUGGAGGAGCAAUGCCGUUUCAACUUUAAAACAAAGGGAGGGCAUACUGGUCCUUUCAAUUCAAACUAGGCCUUCUUCCCCGUCUCUGAAUCCUUUAAACGUCGCCGUCAGCAGUUCUCUUCUCACUGCCUCGGCGAAGUGGUUGUCGCGCGCUUAGCCGCAGAAAGAAGGAGAAGCGGAGAAACCAGUUACACCGGGCGACUUAUUCAGUCACAGAUCCAGAGAGAGAGAGAGAGAGAGAGAGAGAGAGAGGGAGAGAGAUUCGGGAAGGAAGAGAGGUUAUGAAACCCUAGGCUUGGUUUUGAAAAAUGGUGGGAACGUCACUGGCUGGAGUGCAAGAUCACUUGAAAUUAGCAAGGGAGUACGCUCUUGAAGGCCUCUACGACACUGCCAUUAUUUUCUUCGAUGGCGCCAUUGCUCAGAUCAACAAGCACCUAAACACACUUGAUGACCCCUUAGUUCGUACGAAAUGGAUGAAUGUCAAGAAGGCCAUUUCAGAGGAGGCAGAAGUUGUGAAGCAGUUAGAUGUUGAAAGAAGAUCAUUUAAGGAAGCUCCUGCCACACGCCGUCCUGCCUCCCCACCAAUCAAUACUAAAUCAUCAUUUGUCUUCCAACCUUUAGAUGAGUAUCCAACCUCUUCUGGUGCUUCUAUGGAUGAUCCUGAUGUGUGGAGGCCACCAAGUCGGGACAAUUCAACUAGGAGACCAGGAAGGGCUGGCCAAGUGGGGAUGAGGAAAUCACCUCAAGAUGGAGCUUGGGCACGUGGGGCUUCAACUAGAACAGGACCAGCUGGCCGUGGUGGAAAGAUUACAGCUUCAAGCAAGGUGAAUACCGGUGUCCGCCCAUCAACUGCUGGAAAGAAGACCACUGCAGCUGCUGGAAAGUCUGGCAAGGCAGAUUCAGUUAUUGAGGAUGUUGAAGAUGGAAAAUCUAAGAAGGCCCAAUACGAAGGGCCAGAUGGAGACUUGGCUGCAAUGCUUGAAAGGGAUGUCUUAGAAACAACCCCUGGGGUGAGAUGGGAUGAUGUCGCUGGACUGAGUGAAGCAAAAAGACUUCUGGAAGAAGCUGUGGUCCUUCCUUUAUGGAUGCCUGAAUAUUUCCAGGGCAUUAGAAGACCAUGGAAAGGUGUCCUUAUGUUUGGUCCUCCUGGUACGGGAAAGACUCUACUCGCCAAAGCUGUUGCUACUGAGUGUGGUACAACAUUUUUUAAUGUUUCAUCUGCCACCUUGGCUUCUAAAUGGCGGGGUGAGAGUGAGCGUAUGGUUCGAUGCUUGUUUGACCUUGCACGUGCAUAUGCACCAAGCACCAUCUUUAUUGAUGAGAUUGAUUCUUUGUGCAAUUCCAGAGGUGCUUCAGGGGAACACGAGUCAUCAAGAAGAGUCAAGUCUGAACUUCUAGUUCAAGUUGAUGGUGUAAGCAACAGUGCCACUAAUGAAGAUGGAACCAGGAAAUUAGUGAUGGUCCUGGCAGCUACUAAUUUUCCAUGGGACAUCGACGAAGCUCUGAGGCGGAGAUUGGAAAAGCGUAUUUAUAUUCCACUUCCAAAUUUUGAAAGUCGCAGGGAGCUUAUUAAGAUAAACUUAAAAACCGUGGAGGUAUGUUCUGUCAAAUCCAAUAUUCUUAUAAUUGAUUUUUUCUGUUUGAUUUUGUGCGUGUUUUGCAUCAUACUUUCAACCAGUUUGUGGAAAAAUUAGCUGAAGCCAUGACAUCUGAAUUCAGUUAAACCCAGAUGAGAGAUAAUCAUGAAUAUCGAUCUAUCUAGGAAGGAAUGUAGUGAAUGACAUGAAACUAAAGAAAACCAAAGCUGAGGGGAAUGCAAUUUUGGUGACAUCAAUGGACUUCCAACAGGAGAAUUUUCAUUUCAAUUCUCAAAGAGAAUCUAGUUCUAGUCCUGUGAGAUAGUGGACCUAGCUGGAAUUUCAAGUAGAUGUAAUAUUUGGGAACUGUAGGCUUCUUGAAUCAUAGGCCUGAACACAAAGCACACUUUGUCUCCCUAGCAAUCGAAUCAUGGGCUCUGGAUAGGUCGGGUGCUCAUUUCCCACCUCUUCCUAUAAAUGAUAAGAAAUAAGUAAAUAAAUGAAAACUAGAAAACAGA